AUGAAGAAAAUUAAUAGUAGUAGUAAUAGUAAUAAUAAUAAUAAUAAUGAUUUUACAUGCGGUUUGGGUAAUUGGAGACCGAAAUAUUUACAAAAAUUUUCAAAUUUAAAAUGUUUUAUGGUUGUUUAUGGUCUUUUGGGGAUUCUCAUGUCUGGAAAUGAAAUGAGUCAAAUUUUUUUAGCAACUUUUCUAGCUUAUAAGGGUGGAAAAGGAAAUCGUCCAAUUUGGAUCGCUUGGGGUGUUUUAUUUUCAUCCCUUUCUUGUUUUAUAUUAGCCCUACCACAUUUUAUUUACGGCCCUGGUUCAAAUGCAUUGGCUUUAACGGAAGAAUAUUUAGAUCAGAAAUUUUAUAAUUUAACAUCGUCUGCUUCGAACGAUUUUUCAUUGAAUUUAUGUCGUAGUCAUCGUCAAAAUGAUACCGAAAUAAUAUCAAAUGAAGAAUGUAAAGAAAAACAUUCGGAAUAUCCAAUAUUGUCAUUGUGUUUGAUAUUUUUUUCUCAAUUUGUUUUGGGAGUGGGGACGACACUUUAUGUCACUUUGGGUCAACCGUAUUUAGAUGAUAACACAAAAACAAAAAAUACUCCCAAAUUGUUGGGAAUAACAAUGGCGUUGAGAAGUGCCGGACCUGCUGGCGGUUUCAUUUUGGGUUUUUUAUGUUUAAAUUCAUACAUAGACCCUUCUUUAACUCCAAUUAUAGAAAGAAGCGAUCCAAGAUGGUUGGGAGCUUGGUGGAUGGGUUGGUUGAUUUUGGGCACGACGAUGACAAUUUUUUCAUUUCUCAUAGCAUCAUUUCCAAAACAAUUAAAACCAAAUUUAAAUAAGGGUAAUCGUCCGAUCAAUAGUCAUUUGUACGAAAUGGUACCGAUUAAUGAAAUACAAAAGAUAACAAAUACAGAAUCUAAAAGAAUAAUUUUAAGUAAUCCAAAUGUAGAAGAAGGAUUGUUUUCAGAUUAUAAGAAAGCAUUGAAGAGAGUUUGUUUGAAUCCGUUAUUGAUAUGUAAUAAUUUCGUUGCCGUUUUUUACAUACUUGGAGCUUCAGGAUAUUUUAGUUUUUAUACAAAAUAUGCAGAAGUACAAUAUCAUCAAAGUGCUGCUUUUUCCAGCAUGAUUGCAGGUGUGAGUACAGUGGUAUCAAUUAUUCUGGGAUUUUUAAUUUCCGGAUUUGUAAUAUCAAAAUUUAAACCGAAAGAAUCCCGUUUGCUGUUAUUCAAUGUUUUUAUCGCUUGCGUUUACAUGUCUGGAGAACUCACUUUUUUAUUUAUGGGUUGUAACGGCGAUAAUAAUAAUGAUGUUCAACAACAAACGAAUACCGGAGUUGCGUUCAAUUCUUCUUGUAAUGGAAAUUGUUCUUGUAACAUGAUCGGUUACACUCCAGUUUGUUUUGAAAAAGAAAAAAAAUCAUUUUUUUCUCCUUGUCAUGCAGGAUGUACUCAAAUUCAAGAUGUCAUCAAGAGAACGUACAGCAAUUGUUCUUGUUUGCCAGAACCCACGGACAUUGUCAAACAAGGACCCUGUAAAAUAAAUUGUCUUUAUCCUUUUGUUAUAUUUGUUGCCGUUCAAUGUCUCAUUCAAAUGAUUGGCUGUUCUGGAAGGAUAACAAACGUUUUAAUUAAUUAUAGAACCGUUGAACCGAGAGAUAAACCUCUUGCUCAGGGAAUUUCAUUGUUCAUGAUAAGCCUUUUGGCUUUUAUUCCUGGUCCGAUUAUUUACGGAAAAACAAUAGUUGCACUCUAUGGAAUAAUAAAUGCGGUUACAAAGGAAAUUGUUGGGUUUACGAUAAAGAUGCUUUCCGUUUUACCUUUUGCGCUUUCGUAUGCGACAUAA